GUAAAAAAAAAAAAAAACUUUUUUCUUAAUAUUUCUUUGAAUAUAAUAUAUAUAUAUUUUUCUUCUUAAUUUUUUAUAAAAAAAAAAAAAAUGCCUAAAGAUACACCAAUACGUUGGGAAAAUGCAGAACUAAUUAAAAUCUUAAGUUACAUUAAUAACAAUAUUGAUAUGUGGUGUACAAACCAUCUUAAUGCUUGUCUCAAAGCAAUAGAAGCUACCAACAAUAAUAAACGUGAUGCAAAAGCAGUUUAUAAUAAAAUUCAUAGUUUGAUUAAAGCUAUGGACGAAUUUCUUAAAACAGGGAAAAAGGCUCAAACUUGCAGCAUUAUUUGGGAGGAAACAAAAAUUCAUGAUUUAGUAAGAAAAAUUUAUGUUAAAACCAAAGAUAGAAAGAAGAAAGAUGACAAUAAAGAAAAAAAGAAAAAAGACGAAAAUCUAGAACGAAGGUCAAAAGAAGGAAGUCAAGAAUCUAAAACUCGUGAUGAUGAUGGUGAUGUUGAAAUGUCAAAUAGCUCUGAUCAACUAACGCCCACUAAUCGAUCGACUGUAAAUGGACCUGUCUCUCAGUUACCUUUUUCUCCUGAUUUGAUUGAAAAACUUUAUAAUGAAAAAUGUCAACAAAUUGCUGAAACUCGGACUAGACUUACAAAAAUAGCUGAAAGUGCCAAGAGUGAAUUUGAUAUGGUUAACUUUCAGAUUCCUUUUCAACUUGAUUCAGUUGAGACUAACUGUAACGAUAAAGUACAUCAAAUUACUCUUCUUCGAACUGAACUUAUCGAAAUGAUUGAGAAAGCUAAUAAUAAAUAUAAUGAAUUAAAAGCAUUUCAAUAACUUUGAAUUAGAUAAUAAAAUAUUUCGAACACGAUGGUGAUUGGAGUAUAUUAAUUUUAAUGAAUCUAUUUAAUUUUCUUUCCCUCUUUUUUCUCUUUUUCUUUUGAUAUCUUUAUUUAUACAUAUACACAUUAUUAAGUAAACUUGCAUAGUCUAAUCUCUUCACUGGUUAAAGUGUGUGUUUAUAAUACCUCUUGAUCAUUUUAAAUUUAGAAUAAAAGGCCCUUUUUUUUAAAAAAAAAAAGAAAAAAGAAAAA